UUGAUCGAAGUCGAGGAGAGCAACCGCCGCCGCAGCAUUAUCUCAUCUGUCAGCCAUCGCAGAUCGCCGCAUCUUGCUGAUCGAUCUCCUUAACCAGCCCACGCCCUUCGCUGCUUCGCAGUACAUCAGUACGCAGUCGGCAGCAUCACGGCGCAUCUGCCAGUAGCAUACAAGUGGCAACAGCGACAUGAGCAUGUUCAGUCAAUUUUGAGCAUGGUCUGCAUUGGCUCGCUAUAAAACUUCUGAAGAAGUGCAAGGAAACCAAGCUAGGUAGCCAAGAAGGAGUUCGAAAGAAGCUACCCGGAAAGAUGAAGGUCAAAACGAAGAUCAGCAAAGCUGCCGAGUUCUUGAGGAAGGCGGUGCGGGCGCUGAGGGGCAGGGCUGGCGUCCUCAGGGCGCGGCUCCUCUUCCUCGCCUCGUUCCGCCACAGGACGGCGAUGGUCGGCACCGUGUCGCGCCACCUCCGCGCCCUCCUGCCGGGCCGCCAGAGAGACCCGGUGCACGACCACCGCAAGGUCCACGCCUCGUCGACGAUGGCGGCGGAGGAGGACGGGCAGGCCGCGAUGCAUGGAGUCGACGUCCCAGGCCUCUCCGAGCUGUUGCAAGAAGUGGUCGGCGACGACGAUGACGGCCACUACGGCUACCCAGACUGGACGCACUCACUGUUCGACGACAACGAUGACGACUGCAGCCUCCAGGAGGGCGACGAUGUCGACGAGGAGGAACGCGGUGGUGGCGCGGAGGCAAUGGAGGAAGAUCGGCUGCCUGACGACGAGCCGUCGGUGAUGGACGUCAUCAGGAGGUGCAGGGAAGGGGACGGAAAGGAGUUCAACAUCAAGGAGGAGAUCGACCACGCCGCUGACAUGUUCAUACGGCGGGUCCGCAGCCGAAUGAACAACCGGAGCUUCUAGCCGUCCAGGCCUUCGAUUGUUUUGUUUCUUCGUGACUGAGCUUUCAGUGAGCUUCCAGAUGUCUUAGUACAUAAUUCGGUUAGACAUGGCAUAUGACAGAUGCAUGUUAUUCCCAGUUAAAAGCCACAUAUAUAUGUAUAUCAUACUUAUAUAUCACUAGUCAAUGUGUACGUACAAUGCACGUUAAUUUAAAGGUAUAUUAAAUA